CGAACGUUCAGUGUGGCAGCGGCAGAAAGUUGUGAUGUUGUUUCUGCGAUCGUCAUUUAGAUUUCUGCUAUCAUAAUAUACAGCUUGAAUAAUUAUUAAAAUAUUAUUGAAUUUUACGAUAUAUGUAGUGUUCUUCUUAAUAGAAUUUUUUUCAAAGGAGUGCGUGAUUUUAUCUCUCAUUCGUUUCAUCCUCCUCUUUCAUUUACGAUAUCCGCCCCGACGAUUAUCUAUCCUUAUCUAUCACAGACCUACUUUAAAUUUUUCUAUUCAUUUAUUUCUCUAUCCCAUCUUCUAUAACGUAAUCGUAAUAGAAAUUCGAUCGUGAUUAAUUUGUCUGAUAUUGAAAUACCGAAAUUCGGCAAGAUUAAUCAGGCCGGUAUCUGGUAAUUCCAGAUAUCUAAGUCGUGAAUUAAUUCGUUGUUAUUUUUAUAAUAUAAAAAGUGCUUGGGCGAAUCUCCCACCAUUGGUUGGUUUCACACCGACGUUGCUACAAAUUCGCCCGCAAAGACGAAAGAUGGGCAUUAAUAUAUUCGCUUUCCUUUACAAUAAUCUACGGAUCGAGCACUUCAAAAAAUCUUAUCUAGCCGGCGGUGUAAUGGCAGGAUCGGUGGCAACUUUGGCGAUAUUAUGGGUGUCCCUUCAAUCUAUGGGACUACUUGGUUAUUCCAAUUCUAUGGAGGCCUAUAAACUACCCAUAUCUCUUCAGAACUAUCUUGCCAGCUACACUGAUAUUUUUACAGGCUUGCCAUCUACAGAUAUUCCUUCAGAAGGUGUCAUAGAUACAGGUCUCUUUCGGAAUCGACAAUAUCCCAAGAUCACCGAGUCAACUUUGAAUGAAUCUUUAAGUUUCGCGAAGACACUCGUAAAUCGGUUGGGCACACUAGAAAGGAACAUUGUCAAUGCCGGUAUUCAAUUUGAUGCUAAUAGUGUUGCCGGUAAACAAUAUAUCAAUGGAUAUCCUUCAGAAGAUGCUUUGGAAAAAGGCAUCGAUGCACUUUUGGUUACGAAAGCUUCCUUGUACCUCAUUCAUCAAAAUUGUCGACGUAGAUUUGGCCUAUCUAAGGAAGAAUGUGCUCGCUAUAUAUCAACCUUGAAAUUAGAAGGCACACCAAUGGGUAACAAAUGCAUGGCCUCACACGUAUCAAGUUGUGAUUCAAAAAUGAAGUAUCGAAGUAUCGAUGGAAGUUGCAAUAACAUCGAUAAUCCUAGCUGGGGCAGUGCCAUGACAGCAUACACAAGAAUUCUCUUCCCUCAAUAUUUCGAUGGCAUUCAAGAGCCGAGAAACGUGGGACAGACGAAGAAACCAUUACCAAGUGCGAGAACAAUAAGUACAUCAGUGGCUGCUUAUAAUGGCCAAUCCGAUCCCACCAAAACUCUUGCCGUCAUGCAAUGGGGUCAAUUCAUUUCACACGAUCUGGCACAUACACCAGUUCGCAAAAUGAUUUCAUCGGGAAAACCAAUUUCUUGCUGCCAAACGGAUGGAAACGCUUUAUCUCCUCGUCACAUACAUCCAGAUUGUGCAGCUAUAACGGUGCCGGAUAGAGAUCCUAUCUAUGGCACUCAGUACAUUCGAUGUAUGAAUUACGUACGUUCCAUGCCAGUUUUGAGGUCGGAAUGUACCUUUGGUCCCUUGGAACAAAUGAAUCAAGUGAGUCACUUUUUGGAUGGCUCCACAAUCUAUGGUUCCGUUCUAGCAAAGUCUCGUGAAUUACGAGAAUUUCGAGGUGGUAGACUUCGUACAGAUGUUCGUAAUGGUCACGCAUUUUUACCAUUUGAAAACGAUGCCGAAAUUGCUUCCCAAUGUGAAGGAGGUUGUUACGAUUCUGGUGAUGAUCGCGUCAACGUUUAUCCUCAAUUGGCUGUAAUACAUACAGUUUGGCAUCGUGAACAUAAUCGCAUUGCGAAGAAACUCGCUAAGUUGAAUCCUAGCUGGACGGAUGAAAUCCUAUAUCAAGAGGCUAGACGUAUUGUCAUUGCUGAAAUUCAGCAUAUAACUUACAAAGAGUGGUUGCCCAUUUUAUUAGGUAGAAUCAGUGUUCAAGCCUUAGGACUCAGUACUGGUUAUAAUAGAAAAUAUGAUUCUGAGGACGAACCUGCAGUUAGCAAUGAAGCAGCUACAGCUGGCCUACGAUUUUUGAAUUCACUUAUGCAAGGAAGACUGAUUAUGCCAAAUAAUGCGCAUCAAAUUAAACCUCUGGAAUUGUCGGAAUAUUUUUUUAAUCCGCGAGUGAUUGAAUCCGACGCAAUUUUUGACGGUUUACUUCGUGGUCUCUCAACACAGACCAGUCAGAAGAUGGAUAUAAGUUUUAUUCCAGAAAUUACCAGCAAAUUAUAUAGCAACCAUAAGAAUGAUCUUGGUUUAGAUACUAUUAGCUUAGACAUACAACGUGGUCGUGAUCAUGGACUACCUGGAUAUAAUUACUACAGGAAACAUUGUGGAUUACCUAUUGCUAAGAAUUUCAAUGAUUUCCUUGAUUACAUUCCUAUGGAGCUCGUAAAUAAAUUACGCUCCGUUUAUACUCAUCCUAAUGACGUUGAUCUUGUGAUCGGUGGUAUGGCAGAAAGGUCAGCCGACGAUGGUCUUCUUGGUCCCACAUUCAGAUGUUUGAUUUUGGAACAAUUCGCAAGGACACUUCGUACAGAUAGAUUUUUCUACGAUUCUGUUAUGCAACCGUACCCCUUCACACCAGAUCAAUUGGCAGAAAUACGUAAUGUUACUUUAGCAAGAAUAUUCUGUGAUAAUGGCAAUAAUAUCGAAAACAUGCAAUUAAAUGUUUUCCUCAGACCACAAGAAGGAAAUGAAAUCCGUUCUUGUAACGAUUUCGAAGCAAUACCAAGCAUGGAUCUAUUUGCAUGGGCUGAGAAGGCUAAAGCGUAUCGUUGAAUUAAAUCAUUAAUUGGCUGGUCACAUUACUGCGUUGCGCCGGCUCAUCCAUGAGCAAGAUUGGGCUUGGUGAAGAGAAAGAAGCGUGAGUGAUGUCUUAAGAUCUUCGUGAUAUCAUUGUGUCUUAAGUUUCUAACGUCAGGGA